CCCGGUUUCAGUCCCGGUCCCAGUCCGGGUUCCAGUCCGGGUUCCAGUCCCGGUUCCAUUCCUGGAUCCAGUCCUGGUUUCAGUCCCGGUUCCAGUCCCGGUUCCGGUGCCCCAGGGCCUGUGUCCGUAACCCCGGUCCUGGUUCCAGUCCCGGUUCCGGUGCCGGUUCCGGUGCCCCAGGGCCGGUGUCCAUAACCCCGGUCCCGGUGCCGGUUCCAGUCCCGGUGCCAGUUCUGGUUCCAGUGACCCAGGGCCAGUGUCUGGUACUGGUUCCAUUCCUGGUUCCGGUGACCCAGGGCCAGUAUCCAUAACCCCGGUGCCGGUUCCGGUGCCCCAGUCCUGGUGUCCAUACCCCCGGUUGCAGUCCUGGUUGCAGUCCUGGUGCCGGUUCCAUUCCCGGUUCCGGUGCCCCAGGGCUGGUGUCCAUAACCCCGGUGCUGGUUCCAGUCCCGGUUCCAGUGCCGGUUCCGGUGCCCCAGGGCUGGUGUCCGUAACCCCGGUGCCGGUGCUGUCCCCAUUCCCGGUACUGGUGCCGGUUCCAUUCCCGGUUCCAUUCCCGGUUCCUGUGACCCAGGGCCUGUGUCCAUAACCCCGGUACCGGUUCCAUUCCCGGUUCCGGUGCCCCAGUCCUGGUGUCCAUAACCCCGGUUCCAUUCCUGGUUCUGGUGCCCCAGUCCCGGUGUCCGUAACCCUGGUCCCGGUGCCGGUUCCAGUCCCGGUUCCAGUCCUGGUUCCGGUUCCAGUCCCGGUGUCCAUAACCCCGGUUGCAGUCCCGGUUCCAGUCCUGGUGCCGGUUCCAGUCCCGUUCCCGGUGCCGGUGCUGGUGCCCCAAUCCCGGUGUCCGUAACCUCGGUCCCGGUUCCAAUCCCGGUUCCAUUCUCGGUUCCAGUGCCCCAGUCCCGGCGUCCAUAAUCCCAGCCCCAUUCCCAGUUCCAUUCCCAGUUCCGGUUGCAGUCAGUCCCGGUUACAGUCCUGGUGCCGGUUCCAGUCCCGGUUCCGGUGCCCCAGUCCCGGUGUCCAUAACCCCAGUCCUGUUCCCGGUUCCGGUUCCAUUCCCGGUGUCCGUAACCCCGUUCCCGUCCCCAUUCCCGUCCCCGUUGCCGCCAUGUACUCGGGGGGCGCGGCGGGCGCGGUGCCCGCGCGGCGCCGGGGGGCGCUGCCCAAGCAGCCGGAGCGCAGCCUGGCGUCGGCGCUGCCGGGCGCCCUGGCCGUCACCGCGCUCUGCACCGCGCUGGCCGAGCCCGCCUGGCUGCGCAUCCACGGCGGCACCUGCGCCCGCCAGGAGCUGGGCGUGGCCGACGUGCUGGGCGCCGUGCAGCCCGAGCUGCUGCGAGAUUUCUGCAUGAACCCGCAGACGGUGCUGCUGCUGAGAGUCAUUGCUGCCUUUUGCUUCCUGGGCAUCCUGUGCAGCCUCGGAGCUUUUCUGCUCGACGUUUUUGGGCCCAAACACCCGGCCCUGAAAAUCACCCGGCGCUACGCCUUCGCCCACAUCCUCACAGUCCUGCAGUGCGCCACGGUGAUCGGCUUUUGCUACUGGGCGUCGGAGCUGCUCCUGGCGCAGCAGCAGCAGCACAAGAAGUACCACGGCUCGCAGGUGUUCGUCACCUUCGCCGUCAGCUUCUACCUGGUGGCGGGCGCGGGCGGCGCCGCCAUCCUGGCCACGGCCGCCAACCUGCUGCGGCACUACCCCAGCGAGGAGGAGGAGCAGGCGCUGGAGCUGCUCUCCGAGAUGGAGGAGGCCGAGCCCUACGCGCCCGACUACGACGUGGUCAACCAGUUCCAGCCGCCGCCCGCCUACACGCCAUGAGGGUGGGAGGCGUGGUGGGGGCCACCAAGAUGGCGGUCAUCGUGAUGGGGGCCACCAAGAUGGCGGUCAUCGUGAUGGGUGGUCACCUUGGUCCUGGUUACCAUGAUCAUGGUCAUCAUGAUGGUGGCCACCAUGAUGGCGGUCAUCAUGAUGGGUGGUCAUCUUGAUCCCAGUCACCAUGAUCACCAUGAUCCUGGUCAUCGUGAUGGUGGCCACCAUGAUGGUCAUCACCUUGAUCCCAGUCACCGUGGUGGUGGCCACUAUGAUGGCAGUCAUUGGGAUGGAGGCCACCAUGAUGGCGGUCAUCAUGAUGGGUGGUCACCUUGACUGUGGUCACCAUCAUCAUGGUCAUUGUGAUAGGUGGCCACCCUGAUCGUGGUCACCUUGAUCCUGGUCAUCGUGAUCCUGGUCAUUGGGAUGGAGGUCACCAUGAUGGCAGUCAUCGUGAUGGGUGGGCACCUUGA